UUAUUAGUCAACUCAAUCCCUUGUCAUAUAUGUAUGUAUGUAUGUAUAAAAUUAUAUUGUUCAGCCUGCGAGGAUGGCUGCGAAAACAAUGGCAGUUAAUAUGAGGAGCGUCGCAUUUGUUGCGUCCAACUGAAGUUGGGUGAAGAAAGUCUCUCGUUAAUCCAGGCGCCACACAACAAAAACCCUAGUGCAAGCUAUCCUCUCCUUUCUCAGGAGAUACCGUCCAUUUUCAGGUGCACUUCACCGUCAUUUCCCUCUUCUUCCCCAUUCAGAAUGCACCGUGGCGAUCUUAGCUGAACCCGCCAUCUCUCAUUGGAAGCGCUGCGGGUCAACCUUCUUCUGGGAUUUGUGGAUCUUCGCUGCCUUCUAGUGGCGAUCUUAUUCCAUAGACUCAUUCUCUGGGAUCAUUCUGACUCGCCGUCCUAUCCAUCGAAGUUGAAUUUUUUUUCUUGUUCCUAGGUCUUGACUUUGCCAAACUUCAGGAUAUGGUCAUUGAACUCUAGUUUGUACCUGCAAUCAAGAACUGUAUGUUUACGCAGGCCGGACGCUUUUCUGAUGGAGAAGAGAGUGGUAUAUGUUAACAUUUUUUUUCUAUCAGAUGUUAGUUCAUGUAGCUGGUGAAAAUUGGAACACUCUCUCUGACCAUAUCAAGCAAGCAAAAUGAUCACUAAGCAUGUUUUGUUGACUUAUAUUUACUUGCUCAUUUACAUAUGUCUCUCAUCCGGCGUUAUUCUAUACAACAAGUGGGUUCUCUCUCCAAAGUAUUUCAAGUUCCCCUUUCCUAUAACACUUACUAUGAUUCAUAUGGGAUUUUCUGCUUUAGUAGCUAUUAUUCUUGUUCGUGUUUUGAAGAUUGCUGCACCAGUCAAUAUGACAUUUCAGAUAUAUGCAACGUGUGUGAUACCUAUCAGUGCUUUCUUUGCAUCCAGCCUAUGGUUUGGUAACACUGCAUAUUUACAUAUUUCGGUUGCCUUCAUUCAAAUGCUGAAAGCCCUGAUGCCUGUAGCAACGUUCCUUGUGGCUGUUGUUUGCGGCACAGACAAGUUAAGGUGUGAUCUGUUCUUGAAUAUGCUGCUGGUCAGCGUUGGAGUUGUGAUUUCAUCCUAUGGAGAAAUUCAUUUCAACAUUAUUGGGACAGCUUACCAGGUUACUGGUAUAUUUGCGGAAGCUCUUCGACUGGUCUUAACUCAAGUCCUACUCCAGAAAAAGGGCUUGACUCUAAAUCCCAUCACUAGCCUUUACUACAUUGCACCAUGCAGUUUUGUAUUUUUGUUUGUUCCCUGGUAUUUUUUGGAGAAACAGGGAAUGGAGCUUUCACAGAUACAAUUUAAUUUCUGGAUAUUUUUCACAAAUGCACUUUGUGCAUUCGCUUUGAAUUUCUCCAUAUUUCUAGUAAUUGGUAGAACUGGAGCUGUCACAAUCCGAGUAGCAGGAGUUCUGAAAGAUUGGAUAUUAAUCGCUCUUUCUACAGUUGUGUUUCCGGAAUCUACUAUCACUGGUCUCAAUAUUAUUGGCUAUGCUGUGGCCCUUUCCGGCGUUCUGAUAUAUAACUAUUUGAAAGUGAAAGAUGUUGCAGCAUCCAAUCAACUUCCCGCAGAAAAUAUCCCCGAAAGAGCAACAAAGGAUUGGAAGUCGGACAAAUGAUCAUCAUCUGGCAUAUUAAACAAAUGAUGAUAACAAUAAGAAUAACAUCAUCUUAGGGAUCCGCCUCCGCCUCCGCUUUGGAGAUUGCUUCUUAUAAAUUCUUUUGCUUCUUUUGGCGUCGAAAGUUCUCAAUUUUCUUUUGGCGUCCUGAUUUUUGGCAUCUUUGACGCUGCCCUCUAUUGUCUGAUUGUUUUGAAUUCACUAAACAUAUUAGUUCAUAAUACCAAAUACAAUAGGGAAUCAGCUGACCACAUACUUCACCUCUUCGAUCAAAUAAAUGCGUUCUUUGUUGCAGCUUAAACUCAAACCAACAAUUGGAAUGAAAAUUU